AUGAAAAAUGAUGAAUUAAUUGAAAAUUUGUGCGUUUACUGUAAUUCAAAUAAAUCCUUCUCUUAUUUUCAAAAAAGUCGUAACCCUUCUAAAAAUUUGUUUAAAAAUGAAUACGAAAAAUUAGUUAAUAAAAAAAUUUUAAAAUAUAAAUGGAUAAAAAAUUUAUCAUAUAACGAAAGUUUGCAAUAUGUAUUAAAUAACCUAGAGGAAUGGAAUAUACAAAAUAAAGAAAAAUGUGAGCAAAAAAACAAUACAUUAAUCUAUAAAAAUAAAAAUUUCCAUAUUUAUAACAAAAAAUUUUUAAAUGAUGAAAAAUAUACAAAAUAUGCUAUUCUAAAUAGUAGAAGAGACAAAAAUAAUUUUAAACCCAAAAUAUUCAUAGACAAAAUCUUGACAUUUAAAAGUAAAUACGAAAAUAAUUCAAAAAAGAGUUUUAUUAAAGAAAACAACUCAAAAAAUGAAUCUAUAAAAGACAGUAACAAAAAGAAUGAUAUUAUAGAAGAGAAUUAUUCAGAAAAUAAUUUUAUAAAAAAGAGAAUUUCCAGAAGUUAUACAAAAGAAAAUAAUUUUAAAAAUGAAUCUAAAAAAGAUAAUAAUUUAAGAAAUGUUAAUAUAAGAGAAAAUAAUUUAAAAGAAGAUUUUAUUGAAGAAAAAAAUUUUAAAAGUAUUUUUAUAAAAGAAAAUAAAUUAAAUGGUGAAUUUAUAGAGAAUAACAAAUUAAAAAAUAUAAAAUUAAAGAUAAGAGCGGGUAGCAAAAAAAAGGAUAUAUUUAAAUAUAUGUUUAAUGUUUUUAUAAGAAGGAAAUAUUAUAAAAAAAUUUUCAAAUUAUGGUUAGAUAGCUUUUUGAAAAGAAAUGGAUCAAUUAAUAAAAAAUUGGCUAAAAAAAUAAUUAAUUAUAUGAUCAUAAAAAAUUCCAUAAUUUUUGAUGUUGAAUUGUUUAAUUUUUUUUUUUCUAAAAAUUUGGUUAAUCAUUUUAAUACAAAUUUAUAUUUCCUUAUAGGAAAGUCUGGUAAUAAAAAAAAAGAUUUUAUAAAAGAUUUAUUUCUUUCAUUUCCAUUUAAAUAUCAUAAUGAUGAUAUUUUUAUUAUUGAUAUAAUUGAAUAUGAAAAAUAUCCAAUAGUAUGUGACUACAAAUAUAUAGAAUCACUAAGUUUUUCAAAUUGCAAAAAAAUCGUAAAAAAUAAUGAGGUGCUUCAUCAAAUGAAUAAUAAAUAUUAUGAAGUUAAUAAAAAAAAUAUACUAAAAUGUAUUAAUAAACCAAAUUUCUCAUUUAAAAUCUAUAAUUCCUUUAAAAUUAAAAAUAAAUAUUUAAAAUUAAUUAAUUUAGAAAAAACUAACAAUUUAAAUUAUAAUAAUUUAUAUAUAAACGAACAGAAUAAAGUAAAUUGCAAGAAAUCAAGUGUGGAAACAUAUGUAGGAAACUUAAAUGAACUAAAUGAUAUCUAUAAAUUGAACAAUUUUUCUAAUUAUAAUAACUCUUAUAGCAAAUAUGCUACAUUAUCUAGUAAAUUAAAUAAUAAUGUAGAUAAUUAUAAUAGUAUAAAAGAUAAUGGUAGAAACAAAACAAUUCUAUCUAUUUUUUCAGACAAUGAAAGUGCUAGUAGUUUCGAUUUAUAUAAUUUAAAAAAUAAUGAAUUCAAUAAAAAAAUUUUUUCAGAAAAUAAAAAAUACAAAGAAUACAAAAAUAAAUUGUAUAUAAAUAAAAUUCUUUACCCAUAUUAUUAUGAACUUCUAUUAAAAGAAAAUGCUAUAACAAAUAUAAAAAAUAGAAAAGAAAUUGAAAAAAUCAAUAAAUUUUAUAUGAAUUUAGAAUACAUAUUAAUUAGUUUUACUAAAAUAGCUGUAUUAAAACAAUUAGUGUGGAAAAAAAAAAAUUUUAAGUUGUUAUUUUAUUUUUUAAAAAAGAAAAAAAAAAGAAAAAAAUUAAAUGAAAAAAUAUUGGGGUUAAAUUUAUUUAAUGGUGGUUAUUCUUUUUUAUUAAUAAAAAAUUUUGACUAUAUAAAUAAUUUUUCAUAUUUUAAAAAGAAUUGCAUCAUGUUUUUAUUUUUAAAAUAUAUUUAUAUAUGGAAAAAUAUGAAUUUAAAUGCUCACAUUUUUAUUAUUUCUUCUACUACUAAUAAUAAUAAUAUUUUAAAUAAUAGUAGCAAUGAUGAUAAUAUUAUAUCUUUAUUUAAUUCUUAUAUGAACAAUUUCUUUGUUUUUAUUUUUCCCAAUUUUCUUCAUAAAAAAGAUAGAUAUAAAUUAUUAACCCAUUUAUAUAAAAAAAAUAAUUUAAAUUAUUCUAAAAAUCAAAUUAAGGAUGUUUCUAAAAUAACUAAUAGCUUUAAUAUAGAAAACUUAACGAAAUUGUUUCAAGAUGAAUAUAGGGAAAGAAUUAUAAGUUUACUAAAAAAAAAUAAAAUUGUCAUAAAAGAUAAAAAUUUUAUUAAAAAGUUAUUUCAAAACAUUAAUAAUAAUCAUUUUUUUUCGAAAGUUCUAAAUUUUCAAAACGAUUCUCAUGUAUUUAUUCAUACACAUGAAAUUGAAUUAUACAAGAAAAAAGAUUUUAAAGUACUUUGUAAAAAAUUAAGAGAAAAAACAUAUGGAUUUAGCGAAAUAAUAGGUGAAAAUGUUUUAAUAAAUAGAUUAAAAAAGGAAGUUAUUGAAAAUUUUAAUAUUGACAAAAAAAAAAAUGCAACUUCUAUUAAUUUUUUUGAUAGUGUGGGUAUAUUAAUACAUGGUAGCAGUGGAUCUGGUAAAACAUUUAUAUCGAAAAAAAUAAUUGAGGAAUGUAAUUGUAAUUCUAUUAUUAUUAACUGUUCAAAUAUAUUUAAUAAAAUAAUGGGGGAAUCAGAAAAAUUUUUAAAUGAAAUUUUUGAAUAUGCGAAAAGUAAAUUACAACCAUGUAUAAUUCUAUUAGAUGCUAUAGAAAAUAUAUGUUUUAAAGAAAAUGUUACUGAAAUGGAGAAGUUUUCAAGAAGAUUAAAAUUAUGUUUUUAUGAAAAUAUUGAUAAAAUACAUUUCGAACAAAAAUGGAAAAAUAACCCUUGUUUAAUUUUGAUUAUAGCUACUACAACAUCCAUUGAUAAUAUUGAUGAUAAUCUUUUAAUGAACCAUAGAAUUAAAUACAUUUAUCAAACAAAAGAUUUUGAAUAUUGGGACAAUAAGGAUAUUUAUAAACUUUUUCAAAAAUGCUUAAAAAGUAACAAUAUAAAAUCUACAGAUUUCUUAUACUCAAAAAGUUUUCAAAUUUUUAUGUCUGAAAAUAUUUUUAAGAAAAAAAAGGAUUUAUCUCCUCUAUAUAUCUCUAACUUAUGCAGAGAUACCUUAAUCCAUCACUUACAAAGGACUGUUAAAGGAAGUGAAAUAGAAGAUGAAAUUAAAGUGGAAGACUUCUACAAAUCCCUUAGAAGGAUGAAUUACUGA